CUUGUACUGAACGUCCAUCUCACGGCGCGUUGUCCUAACGGGCUCGGUUGAUACAAGCGUGCUCCGCCACUGUGUCAGAUACGUCAGUGGCCUACUCAGCUCCCAUAGUAGUAGACAUCCGAACGAGCGGGGCAAGCGCCUCCCAGCUGCAAUAUGACAAUCUACAGCCUCUACAUCUACGACAGACACUGCAACUGCGUCUACUACCAAGACUGGCACCGCAGCAAGCGACCGCGCACCGCCGUCGAGGGCGGGCUGCUCCCCGCCGUGUCCGCCGCGGUCUACCCCAAGCUCGAAGACCCCACGCCGGACGCGGCCGGCUCGCGCUACGGCACCCCGCGCAACACGCUCACCUCCGCGACGGGCGUCGUCGUCGCGGUGAACGAGGACGCGCCGCGGACGCCGCUGCCCCCGCCGCGCGCGAACUCGCCCCCGGUCCAGCAGCAGCAGCAGCAGUCACAGCAGCAGUCGCAGUCGAGCGCGACGCUGACGUUUGACGAGGAGGCGAAGCUCGUGUAUGGCGUCGUGCUCUCGCUGCGGAACCUGGUCAGGAAGCUCUCCGGGAGGGACGAGCAGUUCGUCAAUUACACGACGUCGACGUACAAGCUGCACCUCUACGAGACGCUCUCGGGCUACAAGUUCGUCAUACUCAGCGACCCCAAGGCAGACUCGCUGCGGUUCGUCCUCCGCCAGAUCUACGCGGGGCCCUUCAUCGAGUACGUCGUCCGCAAUCCGCUCGUGCAGAUGGACUCGAGGGAACAGGGCAUCGACAACGAAUUCUUCCGAUUGAGCACGGACAGGAUGAUACGUGGCUUGACCGUCUUCGAGUGACGACGGCCCGCUGUUGUACCACUACAUCUCGUUCACGCAUUCGUCGCCAUACGUGUCACACUGCGGAUUCAUCCAUCCAUGCGAUAUUGCCGUGUAA